AUGGAUUCCGGACUGCUCUUCUGUUGCCUUCUAGCCAUUACGGCGGCUAACCCCGUCCGUCUGGAUAAUGACACAGCGCCUUACCAGAUCCACGGCGUUCAGGACGUCGUUAAUGGGUGGGAUUCCCGGUACGGAUUUUUUAACUCCAUUCUCUCCCUGCAAACAUCUGGCUACGCCGUUUGCGGCGCUACGCUGAUCAGCGCAACCAGGGCGAUCACUGCAGCGCAUUGUCUAGAUGAUCAUCCGCAGUAUCAACCAAAUAACUACUGGAAAAAUGACAUUGCAAUCCUGAAGUUUAACGCUAUUCCAUUUGGAACAUACGUGCAGCCUAUCGCGAUGGUCACUGAUGCGGACGGAGAUCUGACAGACAAGUUAUGCUGGAUUGCUGGUUGGGGAAAAACUUCCGGUACCGCUCAAAGUGGAUCGCGAAAACUGAAGUUCUCUGAUAUAAAAGUAAUGCAGAACAACGAUUGCAGCAAUCAUUUGAAUGGCAUUACUGACACGAACAUUUGUCUGGAAUAUUUCCAGUACAAAGUAUCCGCGUGUCAGGGUGACAGUGGCGGUCCGUUAACCUGUGAGCUACCCGACGGAGAGAAGUUCGCUGGGGUCACCUCCUGGGGGCGCAGGGAUUGUCCUGGAACAAAACCCAGUGUAUACACCAGGGUCUCUAAAUACCAAGAUUGGAUCUCCCAGAACAUCUAA